CUCCAAUCCUCUUUCAUUCCCUCAUGAUCCAAUCCAUCCAAUCCCCAAAAUGAAGACCUUCACCGCCAUCACCACCCUCGUCGCGACAGCCAUGGCCCAAAACGCCGCCAUCAGCCUCCCAAAGGCCGGCCAAACCGUCAAACCAGGCCAGAACCUAACCGUGCAAGUCCAGCGCCCAAACACCAUAACCGGCUUGCAAGAAAUGGCGGUAGCCAUCGGCUUCCAGUCCUGCGGCAGCGGCAAAUGCUUCGCGGCCGACGAAGACAUGGGCACGAUCCUGUACAACGGGGCCUUCAGCCCGGCCUACCACGAGUACUACCUGCCGCCGUACGAGAACUUCACCGUGAUGGUGCCUGCGUCGGCGGCGGCGGGGCAGGCGGUCAUUGGCGUUGCGCAUGCCACGCUUAUCGGGGCUUCCGCGAACCCGCACUUGGAGGUUUUGAAUCGGACUGUUACUGUUGCGUGA